UUGGGGACGACUGCCACGGGCAGUCAAAUAGAGUCCUUUAGAUCCGACUACGAGUACGACUACCAGUACGAGUUUACUGUUUUUGAAGAGCUGCGCAUGCGUCAUGACCGUGACAACAUCACGCAAGUGAACAAACUCGUUGUCCACUUUUCGUCGCCGACAACUUUUUUCUGAAAAGUGGUAGUGGGGACUACGAGAUUUUGAAGGUACGUUUGUUUCUUUGGCCUAAGGUGAAAAGAGUUGGUUUGUUAAAUGCACCUAGUGAAGCGGUGAAGAAAGUUUUAAUUACAAACGUUUGUCACAUUUGGCAACGGAAAUGACAAACCUUUACAGACGCUCUUUACAGCUUACUUUAGCCAAUGUAGCUUCCCCUUUCUAAGAAAAAUACCUUGCAUUCUAUAAAGCCAUAUUAAAUUAUCGUACCGCGGUGAGGACGAUGAACAUGUGAUCGGGAGAAAAAAAUCUUGAAUUACGCAAACGUGGUCGUUCUUUUUCUUCAGGCAGAAUUGCUCUAAGAUUUUCUGGACCUAUAAGCUUAUUUAAACGAUUCGGUAAUUUUCUUCCGAAAGAUGAACUUUAAAUUUUUAUUCAUAAAGGUUCUGGCGAAUCCACCAGUUUUUAAACUCUUACGGGCUUCAAACGUAGUUUCUUUCAAUUAAGGUGAUAUUUUAGUUAUCAGAAGGUCGUUUUCAUUUUUUCGCCUCUAGAGUUUACCUAAAGAAAAUAAUUUUUCACUGAGUUAUUAAAUAAGGUAAUGCUCUUGAAACAAAACUUGAGCUAUUUCUUAUAUUAAAGGUCAUAUAAGUUAAGCAUAACUUAUUGAUUAAGGUGGCUCCGUCAUUAAUACAGGCGCAUUUAACUGUUACGAAGUUUUCGUCCUAACGUUUUUGCUUUUAACGUGAUGGCUGAGAAACUUUGCAAAGAACAACAGAUAUCAUUCGGCAAUAGUACGAAAUAUUCCGAUUUCGUUGAUGGCAAAUAUAUUUUGCUAAAUUAGCGCUCAAAAGGACCCUACUGUUCAAAGAAAAUUGCGUCUAGUAAAAAACAUUUGCUGAUAUUUUUUACUGAAAUUUCUGGUAUCGGCUUUAAUUGAUAUAAUAUUAAAAUAUGCUAGAGGAAUUUCAGAAAAAUCGUUGGAGCAGAAGUCCGUGACUAAAAGUCGUCCAAAUUUAGCUGUGAAAUUGUUUUGGAAUUUCAAGAAUAAAUUGCUCUCAGGUAGAAGGAGACACCAGUUUGAAUUUUCGGGACAAGUGAAUUCAAGUUUGCUAAUUCUUAAAGCAAAAGCCGAUUGCCUAUCGUGCUAUUCUUUAAAAGGUACUUUUUAGACCCUGUUUACAUGGAGUGGGGGACCCCGGUCCAGGGUGAAAAGAAAAUCAUUUUUACAGCUUGCCAUUCGGGCAAGCUGAAGCUAGCAUUUACUAGCCCAGACGUCAUUUCAACUAGCCCCAAAAACUUUUUGUUCUUCUGUUAUUCAAAUUCCUCAUAAAACAUCACUUGCCCGUCGGGCAAGUUAAAAACAGAAUUCACUAGCCCGAUAGCAAAAUCCACUAGCCCCGGGCUAUCGGACACUACUUUCUUUGCACGCUGCCGGUCUAGUGGGGUAGGUUUCUUUUGUUUUGUGUCCCCCAGAGCGUGAAAAGAAAAGAAACCAACCCCACUAGACCGGGGUCCCCCACUCCAUGUAAACAGGCCCUUAGUUUUAUAAGCACUAUAAAUUGCUCCAAUUCUUGCUCUGAAGUAGAAUGACUUGUUUCUUGACAUUUUUGAAAUAUCCCUUGGAAGUUUUGGCUCAAACUCCUGCUACAUGCAUUUUGAUGUAUUGCAAUGCAUUUUCAUUGUUUUUACUGCCGUUCGUUGCUUCCAACUCAGGAAAGAGGUAUUGAGAUUGGACGCUACCUCGUAUCAGAGCUCAGAUAGAACUGUUCAGUACCUUUGUUUAUGACUAUAAAAUGAGCACGAUUGGCAGUUCUGCAAAGAAUUUCGCACCUCACCCAGGGGGGACGAUCGACAAUGAUGCCCAUACCUGUGAACCGAAUCACAUCCCAGUGCAAAAUAAAAUUAUCGCAAAAAUACUGCCCGUGAAUAAAUUUACAACUCUGAAAUUUUUGUCACUCCUUCCUUCAAUGAAUGGGUGGUUUUUUUCUUGAUUAUCAUGUUUUGCUCUGCAAUACAUGUUUAUACAGAUCGGUUCGCAGAGAUGGGCAUCAUUGCCGUUCAUCCCCCCUGGCUGAGGUGCGAAUUCCUCGCAGAGCUGCCGCUCGUGCUCAUUUUCUUGCCAUAAACAAAGGUGCUGGACAGUUCUAUCUGAGCUUCGAUACAAGGUAGCUUACAAUCCGAAUACCUAUUUCCUGAAUUGGAAGCAAUGCAACGUACAGCAAGAAAAGCCGUUGAGGAUGCAUUACAAUACAUCAAAAUGUAUGUAGCAGGAGUUUGAACCAAAACUGCCAAGGGAUAUUAUAAAAAUGUCGAGGAAGAAGUCAUUCGACUUCAGAGCAAGGUUUGGAGCAAUUUAUAGUGCUUCUAAAACUAAAGAGGGCCUUUUAAAGAAUAGCACGAUAGGCAAUCGCCUUUUGUUUUCAGAAUUGGCAAACAUUGAAUUCACUUGUCCCGAAAAUUCGAACUGGUGGCUCCUUCUACCUGAUAGUAAUUUAUUUUUAAAAUUCUAAAACAAUUUUACAGCUGAAUUUUGAGCGACUUUUAGUUACGGACUUCUGCUCCAACGAUUUUUCUGAAAUUUUUUUGGCAUAUUUAUUAUAUCAAUGAAAGCCGAUACCAGAAAUUUCAGUAAAAAAUAUCAGCAUUUUUUUCUAGACGCGAUUUUCUUUGAACAGUAGGGUCCUUUAAAGCGCUAAUUUCUCAAGAAAUAUUUACCAUCAAUGAAAUCGGAAAAUUUCACAUUAUUACCGAAUGACUUCUGGUGUUCUUCGCAAAGUUUCGCAGCCAUCGCGUUAAAAACGAAAAAGCUAUGACGGAAAUUUAUCACAGCUAAAUGCUCUAGUAUUAAUUACAGAGCCACCUUAAGGCAAGCGAUUAAAAAUUUAUAGACAACCUUAUUUUUGUUUUUUUUUAAUUUACCAUCUAAUUCGUACGGGAAUGAAAUAAAUAAAACAUUAUUCCUUAUAGCUUUCCAGUUACAGAUGUCGUGAUAUUGUCAUUUUAUCCUUUCCUGUUGUUGACAUUAAUUAACAGUGAUUUAGAGCAUAAGUAAAACCUUUGUUAUCGUUUAUUUAUUAUUAUUGUUAUUUUUUUUUUUGAUGAUAGGUUACCAAAGAUCUAAAUUGCGCACAUUCCUUGCUUUUUGGUAUCACUGAAGUAAGAGUUAAAAUCCACGGGUGGAGCUUCUUUUUAUGGAAAUCUAUUCCAAACACCCUAAAAAUUUUUAGCUAUGUGUUUGUUAGUUGGAAUAAUUUGCAUGUUUUGUUUUCUAUGGAAACAUCAACCUUAAAUAACCUGUUUUUUCCUCACAACUGAGUUUGUGUUAAAGUAAAACAUUUUUUUGCAAAUAAGUAUUCAUCCCUUCAUUUUCUGCUUUUAUUUUUCAACUGAUGAAAAUAAGACGUGAAUCUUCUUUAAAAACAAAAUGAUGCACUCUUGUGACCUUUCAUCAUUAAUUUCUUUCUUUUUUUACCAUCAGAUAUUUUUAUUGCUAUUUUGGGUAAUGCCAUGUAACUCAAAGGAAGUACCUAAUAAAUUGUUGUUGUUGUUGUUGUUGUUGUUUAGACCACCAUGGCCAAAACGUGAAGUAUUCAUCUGGAAAAAAUUUCAUGAGACUCCUUUACUAAAAGAGGUUCUGUUGGAAGAACCGUAUAAGUUUAAUCCUGGAACAAAACAGAGAGGGACUGCUUGGUCUCAUAUACUAGACACCUUGAAUAAACAGGAAAUGAAGGUAACACAAAGGUCGGUGCGAGAAAAGUUCGACAAGCUCUAUCAAGAGUUCAAAGAAAGGGGAAAAAAUGAGAUAAUGGCUAGUGGUGCUGAAGUUGAAUAUGAUGAAAAUCAUCGAAGCAUUAACAGAAAUUCAUGAGAGGAUGACAUAAUGUGAAGAGGUGCGACAAACAAAAGAAACUACUGAGAAAGUAACAGCAGUGGAAAUGAGAAAGACAGCAACUGAAAAGUUGAGUGCUACCAAUAGACGAAAUAGAGAUGCAGAUGAUGGUGAUGAAUCAGAAGAGGAAUCACCAAAGAAGAAGCAAAGCCAUACAAACUUACUGGAAAUGAUGCAGCAGAGUAUAGCCAUGAAGAAAACUGAACAGCAGGAGCACUGGAAAAUUAGACAAAGAGAGCUUGAUCUAAGGCCUCAUCAGAAUUACAACAACAGCAACAAUUUCCAAAAAGUUGUUUUGCAACAUCAGCAGCAAUUUCAGCAGGAGCAACAAGCCAUGAAAAAUGCACCAAAAUAA